AUGAAAGAAUUUCAAAAUGGAAAAAAAAAUGUUAAUAGCACAUCCAGCAAUUGUCUCCUUACAAAUGUUUUACAGGUGCACUGGGCAGUGGCCGGUCUCGGAAAAGCGGUCUAUGCGCGCAUGUUCAAGUGGCUCAUCGACCGCUGCAACAAAACCCUCGACCAAAAGAAGGAAGAUCGAAAAUACUUCAUUGGUGUGCUGGAUAUUGCUGGCUUCGAAAUUUUCGACUUCAAUUCGUUUGAACAAUUAUGGAUCAACUUUGUAAACGAGCGACUGCAGCAGUUUUUCAAUCACCACAUGUUUGUUUUGGAACAGGAGGAAUAUAAGCGUGAAGGAAUCGCGUGGACAUUCAUUGAUUUCGGCCUUGACUUACAAGCCUGCAUCGAGCUGAUUGAAAAGCCGCUCGGGAUCAUUUCCAUGCUGGAUGAAGAAUGUAUCGUACCAAAGGCAACCGAUAUGACAUAUGUACAGAAGCUAAAUGAUCAACACUUGGGCAAGCAUCCUAAUUACCAAAAACCGCGGCCACCAAAAGGCAAACAGUCUGAAGCUCAUUUCGCCAUUAUUCACUACGCCGGAACUGUACGAUUUAAAAACACCAUAUCAGAUUUUUUGCAAAAGUGCAGUUUUCUGUUUAACCACAGCACUAUCUAUUUUUUUAUUCAGACACUUACACUUACGUUCUGA